AUGGUCGUUUUACUGAUUUUUCGACCUAUACCUAGUUUUCCUGUCGACGAGAAUGCAGCUAUUUAUGGCUUCAUAGCUCGCAUAGAUGAUGAACGUGAAAUUGUUGCUCCAAUCAAAGAGAAAAGAGCAGCACAACAAGAAUAUAUAAAAGCUCUUGCUCUAGGUCAUGGUGUUUAUCUAUUAGAACAAGAUGAAGCUUCAAAUGACAUGUUUAUCAUUAGUGUAGGAACUUUAAAACCCAAUAGUCAAAGUCAAAUUACAAUUAGUUAUGUGAGCAAACUCGAUUCAUUGCAUACGAGCAAAAAGCCGACGAUUCGUUUCGUUGUUCCUACCACAAUUUCUCCUCGUUACUCGCCUUCAUACAAAAUUAUUGCAUCACCAACUGAAACUCAAGCAGAAUAUGCUGAAUCAGUACCUUAUACGAUUGAGUUUAUGUGUCAGGUAGAAAAACUCGAUCAGCAUAUUGUUUCUAUAUCGUCUCCUUCACAUCUAAUCAAGAUCGAUUGUAAUAAUGAAGAAAUAUUUCUUGUCACACUGAGUGAACAAGACACUGCACGUGACAUAGCACUUCUUAUUCGUGUCACAUUACAGAAAAAUCGUUUACGUCAAGGAGUUCAAUGGCGGAAACAUAAAAAGAUGAUUAUUCAAUUGUUGUCCAUCUCAGCUGUCUGUAUCAUCUUCAAUGUACCAUGGGUUUUAGUUAUUUUUGCUCAUCAAUAUGGUUUACGGGAAGAUAUUGCAAAAGUUGGUUUAAUUUAUACAGGAUUUCUUUAUUAUUUCGUUAUAUUUCUGUUUCCAUUCGUUUGUUGUUUAUCAAUAUCUGAGGUUCGAUCGAAAGUUGACGAGAAACUUUUAUUCUGGCAACGAGCACGAAAAGUUGGUCCAACAGCAUUACCAAUGGUACGACCACGAACUGAUGGGAAAGUAGAACAAGGAUGA